GGCGGUGACGGUUAAAUUUGAACGGUUUGAGCGCGAGGCCCCGAGAGUCAGUGCGGGAUCGCAUCGUCCGGUACAGCAAAACCCAACAUGGACUGCGAGGAGAUGUGGAGAUCCUUUGAAGCAGAAAUCCAAAAUUAUACCGGAGAUGAUCCACUGGAUAUGUGGGACAGGUUUUUGCAAUGGGCAGAACAGGUUAUUCCGCCUGCAGAGAAAGAUGUUUUGGUUUCAAUGUCUGAGAGACUGGUGAAGAAUUUUAUGAAUACCGAGAAGUAUUUCAAUGAUCCAAGAUACAUCAGCUAUUGGCUGAAGCUUGUAAAUCACAGCACAGAUUCAUUUGAUUUUUACAACUAUAUGUAUACCCGAGGAAUUGGCACCCAGUCAGCCGCAUUCUAUCUGGCAUGGGCACAUGGGUUUGAGACGCAGGGCAGUUUUCAGGCAGCGGAUGGCAUCUUUCGAAAAGGCAUUGAGAACUCUGCUAAGCCAGUGGACAUGUUUCUGCAUCACUAUAGGAACUUCUGUGUUCGAGCAUCUCAGAACCUGUUAUCAGCACAAGCUGACGAUCCUAUGAAAUCUCCUCAUUCCUCUUCUGUGAAUCAAUCUAGAAUGGCCGAGAACAUCCAGAAUGGUUUUCAACAUGAACCUUUGGCAAAUUCUCAGUUUGUCAAUCAAGGCAGAUCCACUUUCAUUCCGUCUGAUUUGAGUGGAGGCCAUGUGGGUUCCAAACCUCAGCUUGUACAGGACAAUGUACCAAAUGGCUUCACUAGCAAAUCGUUCACACUUGUACCAAAUGCUGCUAGCAGUACGAUUUCAAAUUCAUCCCAUCUUCCACACCAAGUUGAUGAUCACAGUAAAACGCCAGCAGCCCCCACUGAUCUGCAGCAAGCAAUUAUGUACCAAAAAAACUUUCUCUUUUCUGGAGAAAAAGAACUUUGUUUUGAAGAAAAUCGAGCUAAGGCGCACAUUGCACGGCACCAGCAAAAUCAAGGCCAGAAAAAGAAGCAAGAAUGGAAAGAGUUAUUUGUUGGUGCCAAGACUAGAGAGGUCCGAACCCUAGAGGAAAGACUCAAGGAACAAAAGAUGCAGCUCCAGUUAAUUCAAGAAAUGGAGCAGCUCCACUGUGAAGAAAGCUUUCAGAGAGCAUCCCAGGUGUCUCGAAAUGCCACACAGGAGAUAUCUGCAUCACCACCAUCCAUGAUGACUAAUGGGGUUCCUUUACCACCUGCUGAAUCUGACUGGACUGGAAAUGCAGAGGUUUCCAGUUUGGGAGCUUGUGCUGCACCAAUCCUAACCACAAGUUUGAUACGCGAUCCCCUGCAACAAUCUCAGUAUACAGCAACAUCAACAUGGCAUGAUCAACCACAGCAUAGCUUCAGUAGCACAAGCAUAACAGUAGAAACUCUACCUGAACAAACACCUACAGGUGCCACUGGAUAUAGCAUGAGACAAGAGCACAUGAAUCGAAGUGUUUAUGGCACCAAGAUAAUUCCUCUCACAGGCUUGAGAGAAGGGAAUAUUUCAGGAUUAUUUGUGAAUAGAUCCCAUACUCCAAACUCUUCGUUUGGUUUGGUCCAAGCGACUCCAUCCAAAGUUUUGCCUUCGCCGACUGUCUGUACAAAAGAAGCACUGGAUGUUAUUAUGGACAUGUUCCAGGCACCAGUAAUCCCGGAACAGCCUCAGGAGGAUGGUGAAGUUGAAGCAUUUUCUCAAGAUCAAAUGGAAGUGCAAGAUAGAGAUUUUGAACUAUUUUGCAAAAAGGAUGGGAAUGACCAAUCCAUUGGAAUAUUGGGAAUGAACUUUGCUCCUCCUUCCACUGUUCCAUUUAGUAUCUUCGAAGAUGAUAUUUGCAAUGAUAAAAAUGGGUCGCAAAAGGAUUUGGUCUGUAAACUUGAAGAAUCUAAAUCACUUGGAGAGAUGCCUAGCAAAAAUGUCAUGUCUAAUGAACCGAAGGAGGUACUACUACUGGCAGGCUCUGAUGAUCAAACAUUUUGGGCCGUGCAUGACAACAAAACCCUGCCACUUAAUUCAAAUGCUACCCAGGAUUUUGCAUUUGCAACACAUCUAGCAUCGACUCCAUUCCAUGGGGUACAAAAACAACCAAAGCAAGAUUUGGAGGAUUAUACUCGAGAAAAUGCAGUACCUGAUGCAGAUGGGUACCCAAUUUUUGUUUCAUCACUGGAGAACUCCAUACAGCUUUUCCAAACCAGACAAACUAGCCCUGUUGAGGAUCCAGGGCCUGAACCCAUUAACAUUUCAUCCUCUGCUGUCAUUGCUUCUGCUGACCCUAGCCCUAAUUGGUUGGGCAAUAAUGAACCCCCAAUCUGUGAAAAGGUUCAUCUGACUGAACGGCAGCUGGAAUCGUGCUCCCUGACUAUACCUGAGGAAGAGUAUCUUAAACCUGAACAGUCAUUUUGCUGUCUGCAGGAUAUGUACAAUAGCGAUCUUGAUGGAGAAUCUGAUGGAAUGCAAGCAGAAACUGUUGCAGACACAAUCAUUGUAAAUCCUUGGGACAAGGAUAUCAUUGCUGAACACCUGGCAAACCUUCCAAAACCAGUGAACUCCUACUCCUCUUGUUUUAAUUGGGACAAGAAUCUGCCUACUAUUAGACCUAAAGUCAGCCUCACAUUAGGGGAUAAAGUAUUCCAUGUGGAUUAUCUGCUUGGUCAGGGGGCCUUUGCCCAUGUCUACCAAGCCACACUUCUGAAUAUGAAUAAUCUCUCUGAUGUGAGAAACCAACAAAAAGUUAUGUUAAAGGUUCAGAAACCAUCCAGUCAAUGGGAAUUCUAUAUAAAUACUCAAAUAAAUGCGAGGCUACAGCGCAAAGUUCACCAUCUUUACACCAACAUUGACUCUGGACAUUUCUUUAACAAUGGGAGCAUUUUAGUUGGAGAAUUGUACAACUAUGGAACUUUGCUGAAUACAGUCAAUAUAUAUAAAACACAAAGUGACAAAGUCUUGCCUCAGCCCCUGGUGAUCUACUUUGCAAUCCACAUUCUGUACAUCGUGGAGCAGUUGCAUAAUAUUGGAAUCAUUCACGGCGACAUAAAACCUGACAACUUUAUACUGGGAGAAAGGUUCCUGGACAGUGGUGCGGCUAGUGUUGUUGACAGUUUGUCACAAGGACUGGUAUUGAUCGACUAUGGUCAAAGCAUAGAUAUGAAACUCUUCCCCAAAGAUGCAGUUUUCAUGGCAAAUUGUAAAACCUCCGGCUUCCAGUGUAUUGAAAUGAUGUCUGAGAAACCUUGGACCUACCAGACAGAUUACUUUGGAAUAGCAGCGACGAUUCACUGCAUGUUAUUUGGUACAUACAUGAAAUUAAAGAAGGAGCAAGGUAUCUGGAAGGUCAACACGACAUUUAAAAGAAGUCAUCAUACAGAAAUGUGGAACAAUUUCUUCAACACCUUGCUGUAUGUGCCCAGCUGCCAGGCUUUGCCAUCACUUCGAACACUUCGAGAGGAACUUGUAUCCCUGUUCCAGGAACAGUACAGAAACAAGCUUAGGUCACUUCGAAACAGACUGAUGGUUCUUUUAAUUGAAAAUAAGCGGUCACAAAAAUGAAUGUAAAUUGGAAAGCUGUCCAUAAUUCAGAUCCUUGUAUGUAUAGUGUACAGUCUUUUGGAAGAAUGUCAUUUCUGUUGUGCUUAACCAUUGCUAAAUAUCUACUGCCUUUCAUUUGUAUUGCAUAUAAUGGUAAAUUAAAUUUGCUGUCCUAAAUUCUCUGCUCC